UCUCCCACUCCUUCUCACGUUUCCAAACUGCUGCUUAACUCUCAGAGAGAAAACAUGAAGAUCUUCAAUUGGGUUCACCGGAGGUUCAAUCACAAUGUCCAUUCCACGCCAAUUUCUCUCCAAAAAGAUGGCCUUGCUGCAAAUCUGAAGAAGGUGGAGUCGAUCACCAAUGAUACUGAUACACAAGCUUUGCUGAAGCAUGUUGCACUUGUGGACAUGCUUGAUGGUUGGAAAGAUGGCAUUUUGGCUAUUGGGACUUUGGGGUUUGAUGAUCCGCUCUACUCUUUCAGUUCUGAGAAGGAAUGUGCUAUGACAGAUGAAGAAGAAGGAGAAGAUGAGGAAGAAGAGGAGGUUUAUUCUCUGAACAAUGAGAAUGGAGAGGUUGAAGAUGAAGAUGAGGAAGAUGAAACUGAGGUGAACCCAUUGGUUUUCUCAGCAUUUGGAGACAAUGUUCCAAAGCCUAUUCCCAUAAUGACAGUUGAUGGAGUUCCACUCUCUCGUUUUGUGGGGUCUUCUCAUGAAGUGGGCAUAGAGUCUUUCACCACCGAGAAUGAUCAGAGGAAGAGCAAAGGAGAGAGGACCACACUGGCUGACUUGUUCUCAGCUGAUUCUGAGGUUAGAGCUAAGGUUGAUCCUGAGGGACUCAAGGUUGAUUCCGGCAAAAAACCAGCACCUCGCUCCAAGAACGGCCUCUCCUUUGCCAAGAAGCUCAUCCCUCGAGUCGGAGAGGACUCACGCCCCAUAAAGAAACUGCACCAAUUGAUGACAAGGAUGUUAAAGAGGAAGAUCCAUCCAGAGCUUGAAGGAAAGAUUCAAAAACCGGAGGAUCAGAUCAAGGCCAGUACUGCAGUUGGAGGUCUCGCCACUGUUGGAAAUGGAGCUAUUGAAUCAGUCUCUCUGCUUCAAACCCAAGAUGCUACCAUGGUUUGAUGAGGUGAUUGUGAGCGGAUGGAUCCCCCUUAUGUUUGUUGAAAUUAAUGUAUCCCUAUGUGUCAUAAAAGAACUUUGCUAAAGGACUAUGCUGAUUAGGGUUUCAUGUAUAUGAACAAAUUGUUGGACCAUGCUAUUUUUAGUUUGUGAUCUUUCCCUUA